UUGAUUGGCUGUUCUCUUGCCGUAAAGCGUUUCAGUUCCGUGGCUUCGGUGCUAUGUGCGUCGCUGGGCCGAAAACACUGAUUACACACAUAUAUUAUCGAUAAAAACGUAACAAUUCCUCUUUUUUAUGUGUUAAUGUGAUAGAUGGUUAUUAUGGCGGAAAAAUUUGAUAACCUGGAGGAGCACUUAGAGAAAUUUAUCGAGAAUAUUCGACAGCUAGGAAUCAUCGUCAGCGACUUCCAGCCUAGCAGCCAAACGGGUCUUAACCAGAAACUAAACUUUAUGAUAUCCGGUUUGCAAGAUAUCGAGAAGUGCCGUCAACAGCUUCAUGAGAUCAACGUUCCGCUGGAAGUGUUUGAAUACAUCGACCAAGGACGAAACCCUCAGCUGUACACUAAGGAAUGCUUGGAGAGAGCCUUGGCUAGAAACGAGCAGGUUAAAGGGAAGAUUGACACCAUGACGAAAUUCAAGAGUCUGCUCAUCUCCGAGCUCAGCAAAGUUUUUCCAGAAGAUAUGGCCAAGUAUAAGGCUAUACACGGGGAGGACGCCCCCUCCUAGUGACACCUGCUGUAUGGUCCCGUGACCUUCGUGAACCUGUGACCCCUAAAAUGUCAGCCUGGUUGAAGUUUGACCCCACAGGACCCUGUGUAGUCGCAAGCAGAACAUUGAACAUUGAUAUUUUGAAAGUAAUGUUGCAUUUGUGUUAUUUUCCUGAGUUCUGCGAAGCGCGCUACCCACGAUCAACGCUCAUCCGAUGUCGAAAUUUAGAACUUCAGAGAAAGGAAUUUUAUUGUAAGUAUUUUGAAAAAAAAA